AUGUUUCAACAGUUCAAAAAUAUAUUUCCAAAUACAACCCUCAACUUACGUUCAAGUUCUCAGUCUGAAGGAUCUAGCGAACCUGAAUGGAAAGCGCGUGGACUGGAACGAUUAGAGACUCUUAAGUCUGAAUUUCAGCAAUGGAACGACAUUUUACUUCAACGCAACUCUACCAUAUUGCCUCAUCUAUCGCCAUCUUUAAUCCCGUCACCAACUUCAUCGCAACCAACUCAGCCUACUCAACCUCCACUGACUGAUCUCGAAGCUACCACUCAAUUAUUACAAAAGGUGCAAAAAAAUUGGGAGACUGUUCGGACAAACCACCGGGACAGUAUUGAAAAAUCUAACGAAGCCAACAAGCGCUUACAACAUCUGACAGCACAAUGUGAUGCGCAUGUGCGUAUUAGUCAAGCAAUGGAACAAACAAGCCAAGAAGCAGCAUUGGUUCAAAGCCAAUUGGACCAAUUAGCUAGUAUUGCUACCCGACUUACUCAGACCCUCCAAUCCCUCGAAACACAAAUUGAUCUUGCAGAAAAAGACAGCGAAAAGGCUGCUUUGGAACAAUGGAAAACUCAGCAAGAAACUUUGUUAGCAGCCGAACGGGCUGCAAAACAGCAGGAGCUUGAUCGCAAGGAAGCUGUGUUGAAAGAAAAAUUUGAGAAGCACAGCCAACAACAAAAGCAAGAACGUGUUGCUUUGUACGAUGCAACUUUUCAGGCCGAAUUGGAAGCAUAUCGUCAACGGCGAGAAACCCAUGUAUCUUCCUUGUAUUCUGUAAACACAACCCAAUCUGAUCAAAUGACAACUACUCUUGAAACACUAAAAUUGGAUCAGGAAGAUACGGGAGAUCUACAUGAUUUCUUAGGGGAGGACGCAGCAUCUCGUGAGGUAAAAAUUACGCCAGCUGAUGAACCGGAAAAGAAAGUGACCAAAGAUUCAAAGAAGCGUGUGUUAAAUAAGAAAAAGCCAAAAAAGCCAAAACGAAUUGUUGAGAGUGAAUCUAGCAGUGAAGGAGAGCGCAUAGAAAUAUUAGGAGAUGAAGACUAUGAAGAGUAG